AGCUGUUGGUUGAACAUGCUGUAACAACAAUGGCAAGUUUUAUAAGUAACGAGCUGACGGAAGACAAGAUAUAUCAGGUCAAGGCUUUGUUGGAAGCAUGUGAUCUUUUGGAGCACUUCGGCGUUGAGGCCCAUGAUAUUGAAACGGUAGAGGAUGCACAGAUCUGUCUCCUGAAGAAGCUAGCAAAGCAACCUGGCGCAACGAAGUGGACUCCCGAUAUGGUCCCAUCCGUUGUGUCAGAAGUGAUCAGAAAAGAUCGCGCCAGACGCGAGGAACUGGUAGAUUUCUUCAGGCGGACUGUCCAGUAUACCGACAGCCUUCACGACUCGGCCAGGGAGCAGCUGGAGGCUAACAUCCCAGACUUCCGGGCACAGCUGUACGAGAAGAUAGGCAGACUCGCGGACGACUCGUGCCACAUUGUGGUUGCAGGAGAGACCUCUGCCGGGAAGAGUUCUCUGCUGAACCUGCUCCUGGGGGUAGACCUGCUGCCACACUCCUUUCUCAGCUCAACCUCCGUCAUCUGUGAGCUGAAAUAUGGCGACCGAGAAAGGGUACUCGCAUAUAAGUGGGGUGUGUCGGAGCCCGAGGAAGAAGUGCUGAGCCCGAACAAAGAGACCCGUCUGCAGCAGUUGGCUAAGUACGUGCACCAGACAGAAGGGCGCGGUAGUAGGGACCACCCGUACCAUAGGGUUGAGCUCUUUCUGACGAUUCCCAUGCUGAAGGGGGGCAUCACAAUCGUUGACACCCCAGGGGUCGGAGAGAAUGAAACACUUUCGAGCAUGGUGAAAUCCUACCUGCCCACUGCGUUUGGCUUUAUUUACGUCAUCAACAGUGGGAACGCCGGCGGCGUUCAGGACAGGCUUGGCGAUUUGCUCUUGUCCCUGAAGACUGGGGAUGACACCACUUUCGACCCAACGUCAGCCAUCUUUGUUUGUAACAAGUGGGACUUAGUCCCUCAGGGCGAAGCUGACGAGGUGAGGAAUGACACCAUCAAGAAGCUGCAGGACUGCUGGACAGAUCUAGAUGAGUCUCAAAUCUUCCGCUUUUCUGUUCAACAGGUAUGGACUUAUUCAUCCCACUAUCUGUACAUUACUUUCAUUUUCAGUCAAACACAAAUACACAUAUCUGUUGCAUGCGCAUAUAUGACAACAUCACAACAUACCUGUGCUUGGUCUACCGCUUGGAACAAAGCUGGUUACAUCACAGAAUCCUUUGCAGAGCUCCUGAAUGGUUUCAAGAGGCUACUGCCCAUCAGCCUUCGGUCUAAGGUUGAGCUGAGCUACAGAAAGCUGUCAGUAGUCCUUCAGAGAUCUUCAUUUCACCUGCGAGUCAUGCUGGGAAAUAUCGUCGACAAUGAGCUCCCUGCAAUUGAGGAGAAAGAAAAGGCGAUACAAGAAAGACUGACGAAGUUACGGCAGUUAGCAGCAUCCAAAGAGUCGGCCAUGACAAGGGAUUUGGAGGAACGAACCGACCAAGCAGUUGAAGAUCUCCGCGCCUACCUGGCGUCUGACGAUGUGCAUGAGUGGCUUGUGGCUUGGGAAGAAGAUGAGUUGCCGGAUGACGUCAACUGGAAUAUCUUGGAAUACAAGAUGAAGAAGAUUGUGGAAGAUCGCAUCAAGCAGAUCGUCUGCAUGUGGGACCAGGAACGCGACUCCUUCAACGUGCUUCGGGAGGAGAUGCUUGCGAAGUUCAAGGCGGACUUCAGCCUUGUUGAGGACGACAUUCUUCAAAUCGAACGCAGCAUGGCAACUCCAUUGCACACCACUCACCAGCUACAGGCGUCGACUAGAGUAGAGGACGUGCAGGACAGCAUGUUCACCAUACCCACUCUCACUACUGGGCAGAAAUGGGCGCUAGGGGCUGCGGCACCGGUUGUUAUCCCUUUAGGUGUCAUUGUCGGAAUGCUUGCCCUCCCAGCCACCGGUCUGAUGGCUAUUGCACAGAGGAUGAGCGACAGCAGCCGUCUGCAGCGCUACAGAGCCGACAAGAAAGCCUACAUGACGACACUGGCGGAUGAGAUGCUGCAAUCUUUUACAUCUCGGGAAAACGUCCACGAAGUUGUCAAGGCUAAGGUCGAGCCUGUCUUCCAGUAUGUCAGCCAGUUGUUCAGCACGAUUCCCAUUCUUAUCAAGUCAGACGAGCGACUAUUCAAGGAAGUGUACUCCAUCGCAAAGCAGGAGAAGCUCGAUCUUGUCGUGCAGCACCUUACACCAAGCUUGGCAACAUGCGAAGAGCUGUGUGGGGAACUGGACUGCUUUUACCUGACCAACAUCCGUGACUACGAUAUCCUGUUUGAAGAACUGCUAGAGAGGGAGCACAUCGCACGAGGUUCUUCAGGGGAUGUCUACCGGGCCGAACUGGAUGGAAAGCCAGUAGCAUUGAAACUGAUAAGGAACAGCUUAUACGGCUCAAAUGCAUCCGAAGUUAUGCAGGAGGAAAGAACUCUGCGGAGUCUGGAGCAUGAGAACUUGGUGCGGUUUUACGGCACGUCAUACUGGGCACAUCAUGAGAAGGUUAUCUUCGUCAUGGAGCUUUGCCAGGACAACUUGAAGGAGUUCCUAAUCAACAAUGCUGAAAGGAACCCUGGCAGACAGGGGAAGAAUCCCUCAGCUCGUGAGACAGCAUUUGCCUGUGUUCACCCCCUGACCCUCCAGCUGGCCGCGGCGCUGUGUUACAUCCACUCCAAGGGUUUGGUCCACAGGGACCUGAAACUUGAAAACAUACUGAUAACUAACGACAAGAGCAUCAAGUUGGCUGACGUAGGCCUAACCAAGAAGGCUGCUGACGUGACCGGAACCCUGUGCGGCACCCCGCCCUACAUCGCUCCGGAGGUCCUCCAGGAGAAACGCUACGGGAAACCGUCGGACAUGUACAGCUUCGGCAUCCUUCUGUGGGAGAUGUGGUACGGGGAGGAGACGCCUCACGCCGAGCACUUCACAAUAAACAGGAUUGGGGAGUUUGCAGACGAACUUGUCGGAGGCCGCCGGCCUGACCCCAAGAAGGACUACCCAGCUCCUGGAGGAUGGCGGGAAGUGAUGACGUCAUGCUGGGGCACCGAUCCAACCAAACGACCAACGGCUGAGCAGUGCGAGAAAACUCUCCGAGCUGUGACGUGUAACUAAUGGUCUUUCCGGGAUAUUGGGAUUGGAUUAGGCAUCACAUUACUCAAUGACCCACAAAGUUCAUUUUAAUUUGACGAACUUAUUCAACAAACCUCCUAAUAUCGCACUCACUCUGAGGCAAACCUUACCCCUGGACGACUUUGAAUUAACCUGUGACAAAUCUCAUAUGCAUGAUCUUUUCUCAGAUUUUUUUCAUAUAAUGUUUGAUAUGAGAUUAUUUGAUAUGACUUUAUUUGAAAUGUUUGCCAUCAUAUGGAUAACAGAUUGUAUUUGCUUGUUUCUUACUCUCGCCAUUAGAAGAUCGAUUCUACCUUGUUCUAUCUUGAAACUUAACUUUAGUGACUUAAACAAAAUGUAUCAUAGGUCUUUGAGUUUGAACCAAUACAACUGACCUUUAUUGUAGGUUGAUAAUUAUAACAUAAUUGGCUCAUUUUGACCAUAAAUUGUCAAUUUUCCUUCAUAGAUCUUGUCAUCCAUGUUGCGUAUAACUGAAAUAUAAAAAAGAACUCUUGUAGUUUAUGACACCA